AUGUUCUUCGGCAUUUUCAACCUACUUCCAAACCUCCUGACCACUUCCGUCUCCGCCCUCUUCCCUGCCUUUGCCUCUUACAAGGCCCUGCGCGCCCGCGACCCCGCACAGCUGACGCCAUGGCUCAUGUACUGGGUCGUCUACGCCAUCGCCCAGACCGGCGAGUACUGGCUGGGUUGGGCCGUUGACUGGUUCCCCUUCUACGCCUGGAUCCGCCUGGGCGCCUACUGCUACCUCGUCCUGCCCGGCAUGCAGGGCGCCCCCUACCUGUACCAGACUCGCGUGCACCCCUUCCUGGCCCAACACGAGGCCGAAAUCGACCGCUUUAUCUCGGAAGCCCAUGACAAUGCCAAGCGCGCUGGCCUAAACUACCUCAACAAGGCCAUCGAGUUUGUCAAGGUCAACGUCUUCGGCAUGCCGCCCCGCCAGCAGCCGCCCCCGCCCCCCACCUCGACCGCCGGUUCCUACGCUCAGAGCUUGAUGAGCCGCUUCAAUCUGUCCCCCGAAACGCAGAACAGCCUCGCUCCCGCCGCUGGAAACCUCGUCAACCUGCUCUCGGGUGCCCUGCAAAGUGCUGCUGCCUACCAACGUGGCAACGGCAGCGGCUCGCGCGAGGCGACGGCCGAGGCGCUCGCGGCUAGCGGCGCGCUCAUUCCAGAGGACAUUGCCCGUCGCGGCCCCGAGGAGCGCAACGCCUACGUAGCCGCGCAGCGCGAGCAUCUGCAGACGCUGCUGCACGCGUACGACCGCGAGGCGCAAGGCAACAACAGGUCGGAGGACGAACAGCAACGGGGUCGCGUCCGCGAGCAGCGCGAGCGUGAGCUCCACCUGAGCCCGCCGUACCCGGUCUCGCGCGAAGUUUCCCGCGAGCGCUCCCGCUCGGCACACCAAGCCAGCGGCAGUGGCGCUAGCGGCGCCAGCGGCGAGGGCCUCGCCAAGAGCAAGAGCGAGCUCGAGUUCGACCGCGUCGAGUACGACGAGGCGUUUGACGGAAGCGAUCGCCCUGCGGGCCGGCGCGCCGUGAGCGGCGGUGGCUGGAUGCCUUGGGGUUGGCGCGGACAGCAGGGCCAGGGCGGCCCCGGCCCCGCUGCCGAGGGUGGCAGCAGGAGCCAUUCAGCCGACACGAGGGGGCACGCCUCGGGCACGGAUGCCGGGUUCUAG